AUGGACAAACACGAACAAGACAACCUCUCGAGCUUACCACUAGAGCUUCUCCUCUACAUCAUCAGCUUUCUCCCUUUCGAGUCCACAAGACUAAUCCCUUUCGUCUCCAAACGGUUUAGGUCCGUUUGGAGCCAAGCCUUGGUCCUCGCUCACAUCCCCAACGGCUCCAUCGAGGAGAUCUCUCACGCGUUAACUAGCUUCAUCCACAACUUCAACGAGCAGGAUCCAUCUAAAAACACACGAAAGAUGGAGUUACACUUUGAUAAGUCAACCUUCGUGUCAACUAUCCUAGGACUUCAUAACACCAUGCAUAUGAGUUUCUUCUCUGGUGGCUCUAAGAGCGAAGAGAGCUUCUGCUGGCGUAUUGAGAUCAAAGAUCAGAUCCCGAGACGUGUCGAGUCAAAGGGUUUCUUGGUGAAGACGCUUUGUUUAGACUCGGUGGGUUCGUUAACGCACGAGGUCGUUUCCUCCAUGGUGUUGGAUUGUUCUUUGCUUGAGAACCUCAAGAUUUGUGGUUGCAAGGAUUUGACUUCUCUCACUAUUGAUUCACCAACUAGGCUUCUUAACUUGUCGAUCUUGGAUUGCCCGAAGAUGAGAUAUCUAGAUAUAAGAUCAUCUAAGCUUAAAACUCUUCAUUACCAGGGGUUUCUACCUUCGAUCAAGAUCCAUGAACAUUUUAACUUGACAAAUGCGAUUUUCCACGUAAGAAAAGGUCCAAGCUAUUACAACAAUGCUUUAGAGAUCGGUCCUCUCUUGCUAGUCAUCAAGAACUCUCAAUCUCUUACACUUUGCAAAUGGAUGUUCGAGGAACUAAUCAAACCAUCCAUAUCCUCUUCUUGGACAUCAUUCCAGUUCUACAAGUUACAUGAAUUGUGUUGGAUCGAUAACUCAAUGAAACAAGAAAACAUUAAUUCCCUGAUCUCUUUUCUCAAGCUUUGCCCUUCAAUCGAACGCAUCUUCAUUACUAUUCAUGAGGACAUUGAAGAGGAACACGUCGGGUUUUUCGACGAAGAGGACGAGGUUUGCGAGCGUAGUGAAUGGCGCCGAGGUCAGAGAGCUGUUUUGUGAGUAAGUGGAUGUUGUUUUGGAAGCCAUGGAGAAUGAUCUGAGUGUGUGGGUUUGGGAGAGGUGAGAGAUGGAAGAUGAUGUUUUGAAGAUGAUGUUCUUGUUGUUUAAACGAUUUGACUAUUUUGUGUUCUGCCGUUCUUAUUUAAUCAUUU